AUGGAGGUUCCCAGCGAAGACCCACCCCAUUCACUUUUUCCAGGCUUCUGCGCAAAGGGAGGAAGAGGUCCUUUGUCUUUUUCCUUUUUAAAUUUUUAAUGCAGAAAACAUGUUUCUGUUUUUGCUGUGUAUAAUUAUGGGUCUGAAUGUUUAAUGGGUCUGAAUAAUUUUGUAGAUUUUUAUUUAAUUAAGGACGUGGGGUUCUUUUCUUUAUUGUUUUGAUUUAGGCAAAAGCUUAAUAUAAAAAGGAAAAUCAAUUACACGAAAUGGGCCUGAAUAAUUUUUAAGAUUUUUAUUUAAUUAAGGACGUGGGAUUCUUUUCUUUAUUGUUUUGAUUUAGGCAAAAGCUUAAUAUAGAAAAGGAAAAUCAAUUACACGGCAACAUCAUUAAACAAUAAUUUUAACAAAGUCAAAAACCAAAAUGACAGUAGUUAUCUGAACUCAAUAAAAAAAUUGCAAUUGGAAUACAAAAUGACAGUUGUUUUCUUGAGAUGGUAAGUGAUCAUUGGAAUACAAUAAAAUAAGGAAUAGACAAUUGUAAUUGAUAUGGUAAGAGAUCAAACUUACCAUCUCAAGAAAACAACCACCACCACAAUUUUCUCCACCGCCACUCCAGAAACCAAAGAGGCAGAAGCACCCCAUGACGGUGAUGAUGACGUGGACACCCAGGUGGCGGCAGCGGCGGCGAGGUAUCCGCCAGGUGGAGCGGAGGCCGUGAUCCUCUACACCACAAGCUUAAGGUCCAUACGGAAGACGUUUCGAGGACUGCCGCUCGAUCCGGUUCCUGCUGCAGAUCUUCAGGGUGGCGUUCCAGGAGCGUGACGUGGCGAUGGACUUGGGGUUCAGGGACGAGCUGUGGAAGGUGAUCGGCGGCAGCGGAAGGGUCAUCCCGCCGCGGCUUUUCAUCAGAGGGAAGUACAUUGGGGGAGCUGAUGAGGUCGUCACGCUGCACGAACAGGGGAAGCUGAGGAAGCUGUUCGAUGUAAUCCCAACCUCUUCUAACAAACAGACGACAUACUGAAACUCAAACCAGUGAGCCACUUCCACUUUUAUGUUGUGGCCUUCCCUAGUUCCCUUGACAUUAUUAGAGAACAUACAACAGUCCAUGACAAUAUGAAGCAGAAAGUUGCAGAGAUAUUCAGAUUCGUGCCUCGUAAUAGGAAUAUAUGUUUAUAUGUAGAAUAUAAGAAUAACGGCCUUCCACUUGUUCAUUCAAAUCAUACAAAACCCAACUAUCCAGAAACAACAAGAAAACAACUCAUCAAGAAGGCAUAGUAGUAUAUCAGUCAUGUCUUUCCUUACUUGGAGUAAAGAUUGGACUGAAAAAUUGCAGAGUAUACAAGAACGCAAAGAAGUUCUGGGUUUCUCACUAGUUUGUCCGGAUUGUAGGCCUCUGAGCAGGUAUAUAUGUUCUGCACUCCGUAUGGUAAAAAAUCGCUUCUCCUCUUCGGCACAUAGAAAUGCAAUGUACAAGGGUGGAGCAGCUGCUCAUAGUUGAAAGGUAACCAACAGCCGUCUCGUACCCAGCGCAUUACUCUACAACUGCUUCUUAGUUUCUGCGACAGCAAGAGGAAACAAUAACAAGUUACAAAGCAAAAUAAAAGAAUGAAGUUAUU